AUAGUCGCCUCAGUGUCUGAACAACAGUCACAAACGUCGGACGGUUUGCGAACGAGUAGUACGCAGAGUUUGGAACCCAUUCGGUUGUUUAUCUUUUGGAUGCGUGCCCGAACGUCGUGUGGUUGAAUUACGGGCUCGGCAAUUAGCAGAGAAAUCGCUUUUUAUGCAAAUUAGUGAUUCGAAACUGUCGAAAUAAGAAAUCAUAAAUGUCAAAUCGAAAAGGUUGCUUGCUCCUUUCCACUGACCUUGAACUCGUCUAUUCAGACGAAUGUCACUUCUCCCAAACCGAAGCACACACUUUGACAUACUUUAAGCCACGAGUUAAUUAGAAUAGAUAUUCGAGAACGAACACAGAAAGGUGUUAAUUUCGGUACGUUACGUAUACGUAAUGUGACAGGAAAAUUCAAAUGGAAAUUGAAACCCUGAACAACUGAUGUGUUUGAUCAAUGUAAAUUGAUAUCCAAAGUGUUCAAAAUACAAUUGCUAAAUUUGUGUGUCUACCUUCCAUGUAUGUACGCAGACACCCACAGACAUUCGUUAGCCACGUGAAAUAUUCUCAGCAAGGUUAAUAAAAUUCGCAUAAACUAAACAAAUGUGUAAUUAAAACGAUUAAACACCAUUUUAUGGAUAAAAAGCCAAUGAAUGUUUACAAAAUAUGUUCUCAAAGUGAUAAAUUUGUCUGAAAAAGCAACGGAAGCAUUAUAAUUUACGGAGUUUAUGGAAAUAACAUGCUAACAUGGAAUUGAUUAAAAAAUACAAACAGGGCAAGCUAACCACCAGCGACAUACGCAACCUAAAUCACAUGGUAAUAUGUCUGAUGGUCUUGAUAGCAAUAUUUUCCAUUCUAUGGAGCAUUUGUCUGCACAUGAUAUCGGGGGAUCUGUACGAGGGAAUUGUCAGUGCCAAACUCAUCUUCAAAGAACGCAACUUGGAGCAAAUGGAUGAGCAUAGUAAGCAGAUCCUUCGGCGGGAUUUUAAGGCAGCUACCCAGUAUGCAUAUGGCCAAAAGUAUUCCGUACAGGAUGUGCAAGAUGUAACCCCCGAAUCGCUGCAGAGCGAGAGCCAAACCACAAAGCCAAUCUUUAAGAUACCGCAUAUCUAUGAUUCUAUUGAGAACAGACCUAAAUUGGAGCGUCUAAUCGCUGAAAAGAAGGAGGAGAAAGUCACGACAACGACGGCUUCUCCACCAAAAAUAACGUUCAAUGCCGAUGCAGAUCGUCAGUUUUUGAGCACUAUGUCCGUCGAUGCUCAUGCCACUUUUUGGAAUCGUGGCAUAGGUGCUCAGUUUGUCUAUGCAUUUCCCCUCAUAUCGGAGAUAGUGGCCAUCAUUUGGACGGCUAUGUGUUUGAUUUUUCAGACCGGCAGCAAAAAGAAUUCUGUACUGCCAAAACCCUGGCGCAUUGUGGUGCCCUCCAUAAUCAUAUUUUCGGUGAUGAGUCUGGGCAGCGUGAUCUACACCAUCCUCACCAAUGGUCAUCUGAAGCGACUGUGUGGCCAGUUGAGGGAGAAUCUUACAGAUCCGUCGGCCAUCAGUUGUGGCGAUGCCAUUGCCCUUCUGCGUCCCAUCGUCCACGACCACAAGGUGUCCCACGAUACUUAUCUGGAGCUCUUCCGCUGCAGCUACGUGAUCGGAAUGGUGCUGUGGAUCGUGGCUCUGCUGGUCAUGGUGCUGCGAUUUGUCUUUGCCGUGGACUUCCAGCUGGUGGACAUCGAUGAGAUGUUCGAUAGUGGCCGGCUUGGGCUUCCCCAGUCCCAAAUUCAGCCAGUUUACAGGGAAGUGGUGCAGCAGGGCAGUCCGCAGCACCAGUCGCAGGUGCGACCCAGGUCGGAGGACGACUUUCAGAGUGCCAGGUCGCGGCUCAGCGAUCUGGCAGUGCCACUUCUGGAGGUGCAGAGUCAGUCCCAUAUUCCGCCUCCGAACUUGGUCUAAUCCCACGGCUGGCCAAUGGAUCAGCCAUCUCAGGUUUAUUUUUAUACGAUGUGUUAGUGUUUAGUGAACAUAAGAAAUAUUACCUUAACUAAUCAAAUUUUAGUCUAAGCUCUGGCGUUCUCCCUAGUUAGGAUAUUUAGUUAACUGAUAUUUUUCACUGUCCUAGCUUAGUGAACUUGUGCCUCGAAAUCUUAUGUCCAAAUGUGGCUUAACCAAGGGUUUAAUAUUUAUUUAAUUUUAAUUAAAGAGUGGUCCGAAUUGAAUUUAUAACUAAAACAUUUGCAUACUCUUAGGCUUGCAAAAUAGAAAAAGAUACGAUCCCGCCUGGCAAGUUAAGCGACAUUACUCAGUCGAUUCCUUCGACUAUAACAUUACCACUGAUAAGUAUAAUCCAAUAGUUUUAUUUUAAAUGCAAUAGUCUAACCAAGGACAAAAUCGAAAACAAGUGCGAAUAAAAUACAAGUGUUGUAUAUACGAA